AUGUCGCUCCCCAGCGCCGAGCCCUGCUCCCCGGAGGAGCCCCCGGCGGAGGAGGACGCGGCGCUGCCGCCCCCCGGCUCCGAUCCCGGCUCCGAUCCCGCCGCUGCUCCUCCCGCGCCUCCCGCUCCUCCUCCCGCUCCUCCCGGCGCCGUGCGCGGGGCGGAGCCGCCGGGGCCGCUCUCCUCGGGCCCGGAGCGGCCCUCGGAGCCGGCGGCCGGAGCCAUGGCCGAGGCCGACCGGGAGCUGCGCGUCCCCUUCAUCGAGGCGGAGGAGACCGAGAACGAGCCGGAGGCGGCAGCGGCGGCCGGGGGCGGGUGGCGCUGCGGGCGCUGCCCGGACGGGGCCGCGCUGCGCUGGUGCAUCUCGGGGACGCUCUGCGCCUCCUUCCUGGGGCUGGGGAUGAGCAUCGCCGUGCUGGGUCCCACCUUCCCCACCCUGGCCGCCAAUGUCGGCAAGAACGUCAGCGACAUCUACUACAUCUUCGUGGGCCGGUCCUUGGGCUCCCUGGGCGGGUCGGUGGUCGGCGGGGUGCUCCUCGACUGCAUGAACGCCACUCUGCUGCUCGCCUUCUCCAUGCUUGGAACAGCAGCUGGUCUUUAUGUGAUACCCUGGUGUAACCAAUCCCUGAUAUUGACCAUCUUGAUGUCAGUUAUUGGAGGUUCCAUGGGAAUUCUGGACACAGGUGGCAAUGUACUGGCACUGUACACCUGGGGAUCAGAGGCUGGGCCACACUUGCAGGCUUUGCACUUCAGUUUUGCUGCUGGUGCAUUUCUGGCUCCUCUGGUGGCUCAAAUGGACUUGGGGAGUUCCAAAUCUGAGGAACUGUCAGGGGCUGAAAAGACAAACCAGUCUGUCCUCAAGUCUGUGCCGACAGCAUCAGCUGCAUCAGCUACACCAGCACUGAAUGACCAUCGCAAUGAGAGCUUUUUGUGGUCCUAUAUUUUCAUAGGUUCCUAUAUUCUCUUAGUUUCCAUCUUCUUUUUUGUUUUGUUUUCAAAGAGCAGCUCAGUUAAAGACAAAUCAAAGGCUUCUGCGCACAAGGACAAGCUUGCCAAGUACCACUGGCCUCUCGUUGGUCUGCUGUUCGUGUUCUUCUUGUUCUACGUGGGAGCUGAGGUCACUUAUGGCUCCUACGUGUACACGCACGCGAUGGUCUUUGCCGAGAUGAAGGAGAGCGAGGCAGCCGCCCUCAAUUCCGUCUUCUGGGGCGCGUUUGCCGUGUGCCGAGGCGCGGCCAUAUUCGGCGCCGCGUUCCUGUCCCCCGCCACCAUGAUCGUCCUGAGCCUCGUGUGCUCGGCCGCCUCCUCCACGGCCCUGGCCUUCUUCUCCCACGUGCGGGCCGCGCUGUGGGCGGGCAGCGCCGUGUACGGAGCGUCCAUGGCCACCAUCUUCCCCAGCGGCAUCGCCUGGAUCGAGCAGUACACGGUGGUGGAAGGGAAAACGGCCUCGCUCUUCGUGGUGGGUGCGGCGCUGGGCGAGAUGUGCAUCCCCGUGGCCGUGGGCUACCUGCAAGGCAGGUACCACCACGUCCCCGUCGUCAUGUACACGGCCUUUGUCACCUCCAUGGUGACGGUGCUGCUCUUCCCCGCCAUGUACAAACUGGCCAACUGGCCCCAGCAGCGUGACGCGCGGGAAGUGAGCGACAGGGAGACCCGGAAAACGCUGCUGGCGAACUCCAGGCUCACUGAGGAUGAGGAGGAGGAGGAGCAGCACGUGAGAGAGUGGAAUGAUGCAGACUUUGAGGUUGUGGAAAUGAAUGACGAGCUCAAAAACUCUCUGAUGGACAUGUCCCACAGGAUACCAGGGGACUCUCCAGCUGUCCAGCCCCAUCUGGACAGUGCUUUGGGUGAUCCUCCAGUGGUUGCUGAUGGUUCCCCUGGGAGACAAAAUGGGAGUAUUAACUGGGACAAGAGUGAAUAGAGUCACAACAGACUUUUUUUUAUUAAUGGAAAUGCAAUUGAAUUGUAGCUGUUGUCAAGUGGUUCGGGAACCCUUUCAUAGUGGUGCAGAGCUCAGCAUGUUCAUUUUCCCCAGUCCUUUCUCCUCUUUCAGCCUGUGGGGAUAUGUCUUGGAGUGGGAAGGUCCUCAGUGAUGUGAAAGGGGCAACAUGAUAAAUGUUUGGCUAUGCCAAAACUGUUAAAACAUAAAAGAUGUUUUCUAAAUAUGAGGCAUGCAUCCAAGGAAGAGAUGCUGUAAUAACUGGGAAAGAAGGGGACUGCUCAGACUACUCAGAUUUUUGAGGUGGGUGAAAGGUGCAGGUCUGAGAUGCUUUGUCACAAAAUGGUUUCAUGAGAGAGGAGAGACAUCUGUUACCAGCAAUGCUGAACUUUCUUACCUUGUGAAGGAGGAAUGUUCCUAUUGUGUCUGAAAGUUGUGUGUGAUCAAAUCAGUUAAAAUUUCUGGUGAUGCCCAGGAGCUGUAAAUUGAAUAACCUGUGGCAAACUACAGGAAUUUUUGGUUCUGGGACAAAGACAAAAAACCCCAGGGAAAUGCUGGCAUAUUUGCAUGUGGAGAUUAGGAAAUGCCCAAAAGUACAUUUCUUAGGAGUGAAACCAUGCCUUUGGGUCACUUAAAAGCAGUUUAUGAGAAAGGGCACAAAAUGGGCCAUUGUUUAUCUGCUCAAAUGCAUAACUCCAACCUACUAAACCAUGGCAACAAAUCUAAAUAAUCGAAAGUAUUUCUGAUUUUAAUUAUGCCAUUAUCACUGAAAUAAAAAAAUGUACACAGAAGAUGGCAAAAUUAUAAUGUAAUCUUUGAAUGGUUUGAGUUGGAAAUGACCUUUAAAGAUCAUCCAGUUCCACCCUGCUGCCAUGGCAGGGACACCUUCCACUGGAACAGGUUGCUCAGAACUCUGUCCAGACUGGCCUUGAAAACUUCCAGGGCUGGAGCAUCCACAAUUUCUCAGGGCAACCUGUUUCAGUGCCUCACCACCCUCACAGGAAAGAUUUUUUUCCCUGAUAUCUAAUCGAAACCUACUUUCAGUUUGAAGCCAUUCCCCCUUGUUCUAUCCUACAUGCUCUUGUAAAAAGUCCCACUCCACCUUUCUUGCUGGCUUCCUUCAUGCAAAAGAGAUUGCUUAAUAUAUGGUAUUUUAAAGCCAGUUGUUAAAGGUUAUCACAACUUCUCUGGUUUCCUGUCCCAAGACUUACCAGGGGAAUGUGUUACAGUGGAGAUUUGAGGAGAGGAAAUUAUCAAUGAGACAAUCCUUUCCAGAAUGACUACUUGCCCCUGGCCAGCUGGCUUGGUGACAUUUGGGUUUUUUCUUUGGGAGGUGACAUGGAGAUGGAUUCUCCCUAGUGGAGAAGCAGUGGUUUGUAUGUGAAGGUUCAUUGCUGCUAAGCAGGAAACCCUGGGCAGGUGCAGCCAUGCCAGAGAGCCCUCCCAGUAAGAGGAAAAAGGUAGCAGUAAAUGCAAAAUCUGUCUCUGAACAGUACUCUUGCCAUUUGUCAGCUUGGAGCUCCAAAUCAGUUAAGUAUUUUUUUAAGUCUGUGUGAUAAGAAUGUGCUUUGUUUGGGGUUUUUAACUUCGCACUUUUGUUAGUAUGUUUCUUGCUAAGAGGUUUCAUUCACUAACAGAAGGGCUCCAGGUGUAACAGCACAGAAUGUCAGAUGUUCCUGGAUUUCCAGGUCUGGUUUUGUUCCCUCUCUUGUCCUUCAACUAUGCAACCUAGGCUUGAAUGGCUUUUUCUUUUCUUCUGAGAAGUUAAUAAGAAGCCAGAAUCAACUUGCAGUGAAAGUUUUUUUGUUAAUAGCUUGCCAUGUUGCAGAGCCUCCCUCUCUUUCUGCUGCUGGCACUUAAAUGCCCCUGUGGUUUUGAUGGAUUCCUUCUGUGGCAUCUUUUUCCAGUGCAAUGCAUGGACCUGCACUUUAGAAUGCAGCCUUGUUUCACUUGAGGCACGAGGGUUCUGUUUGCUUCCAGGGAUGGUCAAUGCCAGCCCCAGCCCUGGCCUGGGCACAGGUGACAGGAGUGAGUCUGUGUGGCCCUGAGUGCUCCUCUGGUGUGACAUGGAAGCAAACAGUGUGGUAGGCAGAGAGAAUGGAAUGAGGGCACCUGGAGCCUGCAUUUCAGUUUUUCCUCUUCCCGUUUUCCCUCCACGCUGUUCUGUGUGUGGGAAGUAGGGAGUGUCAGCUGAUGGUGAGGAGAAAUCUCACUGGUGCAGGGGCAGGACACCUGCACACAGUGAAAGAUACAGAAACUGUUGAAAGAUACAGUGAAAAUGAAAGAACCAGAAUGAUACAGAAACUGUUCUAUAGCAGCUCCCUGCUGGACCUGCCAUCCCCCUGUGUAGACAUGGUUAUAAAAAAGUUUCCCCAUGCCUGAGAUCAUGGUGCCAGAAGAAAAUUACUUAAAGAAAGAUACUGAGCAACCAGGAAAAGUCUAAACUCCCCCAAUUUAUAUGCUAAGUUUUGAUGAAAUUCCAGAUUGGAAUGUCCUACAUGUAAGACUGUUCUCAGGUAUACUUUACAUGGAUAUUUUAUAUUGUUUGCAUAAUCAAGUACUAAAAAACCCCAGAAAAUGAAAUCAAAGCUGCAUUGGGAAAUAUGCUGUAAUCUCUUAAAAGCUUAUCUACUGCACAUAUACAGACACUUAUUUGUGUUUCUGACCAGCGUUGUGCCAGCAAAUGUAAAAAUAUUGCACAAAACAAAGAUUUUUUUUUUCCUGCCUUUAUUAAUUCCUGUGAGAGUAACUUCACUUCAUCCCCAUUUCCUCCUUAAAAAGCAAGAGGCCUGUGUAGUAGGAAUGGAGCAACAGGCAGGAAUGCCAAGGUAAGAGCAGCCUUUUCCCACAAGUAAAGGAUCCAAAAAGCAGUGGCUCUAAGACAGUGGAAGCUGAAGAAUUAUCCAUAUGGAAUCACUUUCCACUGAUGUGUGGAGACCUGCCUAAAUUUAGAGUCAUCUUAAUGAGGACUUGGAGCCUUUAGUGUCUUAGUUCUGGUCUUAAACUUGAACUGGCUAGACAGACAGAAAGUGUUGUCCUUAUGCCCUAACCAGCCUGCUUUUAACAGCAGGGGCUGCCCUUGACUGAAAAUAAAAUGCUUGAAGCAAUUUAAGUUUAAAACAAGAUCUAGGACAUUUCCAAGGAUGAGUCCAGCUCAUACCAAUUCUAGGCACCCUCGAUGGCCAAGGCCUAGCUCCAUGCUCUUGGAUUUUGGUGUUCCUCAAGGCUUGUUUUCAGACAAUGAAUAUUGGUUUUCUCAUGUUUAAAUUUCCUUUCACAGUAAAUUGCUUCCUGGUAUCUACAGCUGAAGUGAGGAUCUUUUUACAAUGCAGAUCUAUUUUAAGUUACAGGUCCUCCAGAAAGCUCAAGUACUUACAUGUUGGGGGUUGAAAUUACUGGAAGUAACUGUAUUACAUUACUACUGCCCUGCUUACGCUUGAAAAGCCAUCCCUCUGAGGACAAGAGCUUUAAUCCAUGAAUUAGAUACCUGAAUUUGAUAAGAAUCCUAUUUUUGUCCACAAACCCAGGAACAGUUUGAAGAUGAGUGCUCUGCUCCAGUGUGAAAGGUAACCUCUUGCAGCUACGUGUCAUUUAAUACUUUAUUUAUCCUGAGGCACUGCCAAGUGCUGGAGUGUACUACAAGCACUCACUCCUGGCAUUUGCACUUUUAUUCUGUACUUGACCAAUGCUUGAAUGCACGACCAGGCAAAGUUUUCUGCCUUGAUGUUUUGUUUUUUUAGAGUUACUUUGCAUACAAGUGCAUUGCAAUCUGUAGAUUUUCUGUUGUAUAUGUAAUAGUUUUUAUUCUGCUUGGUGUGGGUUUUACAUUGUACUGUGUAAUGUGACAUUUAAUAGACUGACUGGAGUCUUGACUGUAAUAAAUUCUUAUCUGGAGAAGGCACUCAGGUUCCUUGAUGUAAAUAAAGUUUUCUUCUAUUUUUCAAACCUUGUCUAGA